AUGCUGCAGGCACGCAAACCGACAGGCACGCUUGCUUCCCGACGUCAAGGAGCCUUCACUCCCCUCACCCACGCAGCAAAGCCUCAAAGCUCGACGGCCUUGCGUCCAGGCCCUUGUUCUGCUCCCAUUCGCCGAGCUUGGAUCAAGAAUCCACAUAUUCCGAAGUCCUACCUCCGUAACCCUGACAUGCCUGCAAAGGGAAGCAAGAGUGAAGCCGAGGCUUGUGCUUGGGGUGUUCUUCGGCUUUCGGCAGCUCUCCGACCUCUGAAUCUUCAAUGCACCGAGCCUGAGGAGUUCCAGGAUGAUUGCCUACUCGUUCCCCCUUUCAGGGGCUCCGAAACCCUGAGCGUUGAGGCCUUUCAGAGCCUCUGA